AUGCGGCAACAACUCUCCGCGUUCGCCGCGGUCGUCUUUGCGUCGGGUCUGGCCUGGGCAUGCCAGCGCGAGAGGGGCCUCUUCGAGCCACACACACACAGGAAGCCCUUGGCAAAGCGUCAGGAGUCCGAGCAAUGGCCACCAGUCUUGAACGAUCGGGAGACGGUCAUCGUCAACGCCUUUGACAAUGUCACAAUCGAUCGAUGGGCAGAAUACUAUGGCCAUCAAAACAAGCUUGGUGGUCUCGGCCGCGAAGCUGCAGAGUGGACUGCCGCCCGGUGGAAUGAGAACGGCUUCAACGCAGAGCUCAACGAGUACCACGUAUACCUCAGCUACCCGCUCUCUGCAUCAUUGCACCUUACAACCGCCGACGGAACGCGCAAGGAGAUCUCGUUGAAGGAGGAAGUGCUUGAGGAGGAUGACGUUACAGGUCGCGAGGACAAUCAGCAGACUUUCCACGGCUACUCUGCCUCGGGCAACGUCACGGCCGAGUACGUCUACGUCGGCCGGGCGGGCAAAGAGGACUUUGACCGUCUUAUUGAGCUGGGUGUUAACCUGACCGGCAAGAUCGCCCUCGCCCGCUAUGGCGCCAUGUUCCGUGGUCUCAAGGUCAAGAAUGCUCAGGAGAAUGGCAUGAUUGGUUGCGUUAUUUUCUCCGACCCAGGCGAUGAUGGUAAUGUCACCGUCGCCAAGGGCGUCGCUGCCUAUCCAGACGGGCCGGCUCGGAAUCCAUCGUCCGUACAGAAGGGCUCAGUCAUGUUCCUGAGCACUGCCCCGGGUGACCCGACCACCCCGGGAUACCCAUCGCACGAGGGCGCCCCGAGGACCGGGACCAGCAGCGUCACGCCUCAGAUCCCGUCCAUCCCCAUAUCCUACAGGGCAGCACAGGAGCUGUUGAGCGCCCUAGACGGCCACGGCUUCACCCCCAGCGAGGUCAACCGCACGAGGAACGGCUGGCAGGGUGCAAUCCAGAAUGUGACCUACAGCACUGGACCGGCACCAGGCGUCACUCUGUCGCUGAACAACCAGAUGGAGGGCAAGAUUACGCCCAUCUGGAACGUCAUUGGUCGGAUCAAUGGCACCAUUGAGGAUGAGACUGUUGUUAUUGGCAACCACCGCGAUACGUGGAUGAUUGGAGGCAAUGGUGAUCCGAAUUCUGGGUCUGCUAUCCUGGUCGAGCUGACCAAGGUGUUUAAUGAACUUUUGAAGACUGGAUGGAAGCCUAGACGCAACAUAAUUUUGGCCUCUUGGGAUGCCGAGGAGUAUGGCCUUGUAGGCAGCACAGAAUGGGUCGAGGACAACGUCAUUAGCCUCACGGAUACGGCAGUAGCGUACUUGAACAUUGACCGUCAGCUGACCGACUCUCCAGAUGUCGCUGUCUCUGGACCACACCCCGACGUUGCCGCUACUCCCGAGCUCCACAGGGUCGCCACAGAAACCAUGAAAAAGGUCGUCCACCCCAACUUUGGCGGCUUCAAUCGAAGUCUGUACGACAUGUGGGUAGAUGCGUCGGAUGGCGGCAUGGUCGGCGUCCUCGGUAGCGGUAGUGAUUACACGGCGUUCCUCCAUCACGGCAUCAGCUCUCUCGAUACCGGUAGCAGCGGCGGAAGAGGCGACCCCAUCUGGCACUACCACAGCAAUUAUGACAGCUACCACUGGAUGUCGACCUUUGGCGACCCGGGAUUCCUAGUCCACGCCGCAAUGGGCCAGUAUUUUUCGUUGUUGGCGCUGCGCCUGAUCGACGACGAGGUCCUGCCGUUCGACCUCGGCAACUACGCCGUCGAGCUCAAGGCAUACCGCGACGACUUGGCCGAGUUUGUCGAGGAGGCUGGGCACGACUUUGCCGACGUCGACCUGUCUGAGCUGAACAAUGCCAUAGCCGAGUUUGAGCAGCGCACAUCGGAGGUCAAGACGCUCGAGAUGCUGGCCGUGUCGACCAACAACACGGAACUCAUCAAGGUCGUCAACCACAAGUACAGGGACUUUCAGCGGGGCUUCGUCAGUCAGGGCGGCCUCCCCGACCGCCCGUUCUACAAACACGUCGUCAUGGCCCCUGGUCUGGACACGGGAUACGCGGCCGUCACGUUCCCGGGCAUCACUGAGGGUGUUCAGUAUGCUAACGCGUCAGUGGCGCAGGAGUGGGUUAGGCGGACGGCAAGCGGUAUUCUGAGGGCGGCUGAUAUCAUCAAGACGUGA